GUAUUGGAACUGGUUUGCCUUAAAUUCAUGUUUGAUUUGUCCAUAAGAUAUAACUUGAAAAUGUCUUUUCAACAGCUUGUUCUGGUUGGUGAUGGUGGUACUGGCAAAACAACAUUUGUAAAACGUCACCUGACAGGUGAAUUUGAGAAGAAGUAUGUAGCUACCCUGGGUGUUGAAGUCCAUCCUCUGCUAUUCCACACCAACAGAGGUGCUAUUAAAUUCAAUGUAUGGGACACAGCUGGGCAAGAGAAAUUUGGAGGUCUCAGAGAUGGCUAUUAUAUCCAAGCUCAGUGUGCCAUCAUAAUGUUUGAUGUAACAUCAAGAGUUACAUACAAAAAUGUACCUAAUUGGCAUAGAGAUUUGGUACGAGUUUGUGAGAACAUACCUAUAGUGUUGUGUGGCAACAAAGUGGACAUCAAGGACAGGAAAGUCAAAGCAAAGUCAAUUGUCUUCCACAGGAAGAAGAACUUGCAGUACUAUGAUAUUUCGGCCAAGAGCAACUACAACUUUGAGAAACCCUUCCUUUGGCUGGCCAGAAAACUAAUUGGAGACCCUAACCUGGAAUUCGUUGCUAUGCCUGCUCUUGCACCACCAGAGGUCGUUAUGGAUCCAGCAUUGGCAGCACAGUAUGAGCAAGACCUACAGCGUGCUCAGUCCACUGCACUGCCAGAUGAGGAUGAUGACCUGUGAGGGAGUGAAGCUGGAGCCCAGCGUCAGAAGUCUAGUUUUAUAGGCAACUGUCCUGUGAUGUCAGUGGUGCAGCGUGUUUGCCACUUUAUUAUUCUAGCUGAGCAGAACAUGUGCUUUAAUCUUUGGGAUGCUGAAAGAGAGAAUGGGCUUUGGAGUGAAUGUGGCAGUUAAAAAUUCCUUCAUUUUGGACCUGCAUAUUUAGCUGUUUUGGACUGCGAUUUACUCCCUAUUUGAGUUUCACAUCUGACUGCUGCAGUCACAUCACAGUAUUCAGUGGUAAAUCUUGUUUGUUACUGUCAUUCCCAUUCCUUUUUGUUUAGAUCAUAAUAAAGUUGUAUUAAAAAUAUCCAAGCAAGUGAA